UCCAGAUAGCCAAGCUUUUGCCAUAUAUAUUCACACCAGCCUUACUUCAUUUCCCAUUCUUCUCUCUGCAUUGUUACCUCUUUGUUAAGUACAAGUUGGCUGGUUCUUGAUCGAGAGUUCUUUUUCUUUUUUAAUUAUUUGAGUUGUUGGUGAAGAAAUCAUUAGUAAUUAUGGGGACUCAAAGAUUUCUUGGGUUUUUGCUUGUGAUUUUCUUCAUGAUGAUCAUGGGGUUUCUUUCUGGUUCAUCACAGGCUUAUCAGUUCAUUGUUGGUGGCAGAGAUGGCUGGGUUUUAAACCCUUCUGAGAACUACACUCUAUGGGCUCAUAAAAACAGGUUUCAAGUUAAUGAUACUCUAUUUUUCAAGUACAAGAAAGGGUCCAACUCAGUCUUGGUGGUGAUCAAGGACGAUUACUACUCAUGCAACAUCAAGGAACCUAUACAGUCCCUAACAGAUGGUGACUCCAUCUUCAAGUUUGAUCGCACAGGGCCAUUCUACUUCAUCUCUGGCAAUGCUGAUAAUUGCAAUAAGGGCCAAAGAUUGUUCACUGUUGUCAUGGCUGUUAGACCCAAACCACAACCUACUCCUGUUCCUGUUCCUCAAUCUCCCCCUCCAUUUGGUGCUCUACCUACUGGUUCUUCUCCAUAUCUGCCACCGUCUGCAGCAGAGUCUCCUAGGGAUAGCCCAACAGAUCCAAAUGCUCCAGAACCAGCACCAGCACAUUCGGGUUCUCGGGGUUUUAUUGGUUUAGUUGGGUUGGUUUUGGGUGCUAUUAUUGGAGUGAGUUUGAUGUUUGGGUAGCUUAAAUUUGUUGGGAUGGUUUACAAUAGGAUGUUAAAGAAAGAAGGCUUGUCCUUCAUUAAUUAUAUUGUUCUUUAUUGUUUUAAUAUUUUAGGUUUUGUCAAUAAAAAUGAGUUUUUGCUUAUGUUUAAUUGA